AUGCAAAUCCAGAGAAAUGCAACCAGAGGCUCAGCAGGAGCCGAUGUUGAAGUGGUCCAGCUCCUCAAAGACGGCUUGGAUGCAGCAGAGACCAAAAAAAGACCAGUUAGGUGUCAGCCUGCUGCGAAAUUAAUCCUGUGUACACAACAUGUCAUAUCGCAUGUGAUACAACAUGUCAUAUCGCAUGUGAUACAACAUGUCAUAUUACAUGUGAUGCAACAUGUCAUAUCGCAUGUGAUGCAACAUGUCAUAUCGCAUGUGAUACAACAUGUCAUAUCAUAUGUGAUACAACAUGUCAAAUCGCAUGUGAUACAACAUGUCAUAUCAUAUGUGAUGCAACAUGUCAUAUCGCAUGUGAUACAACAUGUCAUAUCAUAUGUGAUACAACAUGUCAUAUCGCAUGUGAUACAACAUGUCAUAUCAUAUGUGAUACAACAUGUCAUAUCGCAUGUGAUACAACAUGUCAUAUCAUAUGUGAUACAACAUGUCAUAUCGCAUGUGAUACAACAUGUCAUAUCAUAUGUGAUACAACAUGUCAUAUCGCAUGUGAUACAACAUGUCAUAUUACAUGUGAUGCAACAUGUCCUAUCGCAUGUGAUGCAACAUGUCAUAUCGCAUGUGAUACAAUAUGACAUAUCGCAUGUGAUACAACAUGUCAUAUCGCAUGUGAUACAACAUGUCAUAUCAUAUGUGAUACAACAUGUCAUAUCGCAUGUGAUACAACAUGUCAUAUUACAUGUGAUGCAACAUGUCCUAUCGCAUGUGAUGCAACAUGUCAUAUCGCAUGUGAUACAAUAUGACAUAUCGCAUGUGAUACAACAUGUCAUAUCGCAUGUGAUACAACAUGUCAUAUCGCAUGUGAUACAAUAUGACAUAUCGCAUGUGAUACAACAUGUCAUAUCGCAUGUGAUACAAUAUGACAUAUCGCAUGUGAUACAACAUGUCAUAUCGCAUGUGAUACAACAUGUCAUAUCGCAUGUGAUACAACAUGUCAUAUCGCAUGUGAUACAAUAUGACAUAUCGCAUGUGAUACAACAUGUCAUAUCGCAUGUGAUACAACAUGUCAUAUCGCAUGUGAUACAACAUGUCAUAUCGCAUGUGAUACAACAUGUCAUAUCGCAUGUGAUACAACAUGUCAUAUCGCAUGUGAUACAACAUGUCAUAUCGCAUGUGAUACAACAUGUCAUAUUGCAUGUGAUACAACAUGUCAUAUCGCAUGUCAAGAACAGGAGUAUUUCGGGAGCCGGAGGACCUUCCGACGGAGAGGACUUCGGUCUUCUCCGGCAGAAGGGACCUCUCGGACACGUCCGCCAGAAGGUCCACUUCGCCGGACGGUCCUCCGGUUCCGGGAUAACCUCCUGCGCCCCAGACUGCGGGCACUUGACCGCAGUCAUCGGAGCAUAG